UAUUUUCCCAUGGAACGUCCAUAUGUGCCCGAAACAUACGUUCGGAAUCGAUGUGGUGAUACGAAUAACAUUUUGAUCAGUACGCCACACACGACAGAUGCUGCUUUAGUCGCACGCGCGCUCUAUGCACAAGAAUAAAGCCUGUUUGCAGCCGGUGCUCAGUUUAGGAAAGCGGAGGAGUCUACUGCUUGUGGUUGUGCAGCGGCUCAGUCAGGGAAAGGGAACGGGAACGCACGGAGCGGCUGACUCCUUUUGAUCUCACGGUUACGACUAUCCCUUGAGGUUCUUGGAUCUGUCCGAAACCUCCAGGGACCUUCCGACCAUGGACUUUCUCUACGGACACGUCAGAAAACUUAGCGACUUCGAAGAGCCCGACAUGACGGAUAUUUUGGAGAGCGACAUGUUUCAGUCCUCUGGCAUGGGAAAUGAUUCUUACAUGGACAAUGACUGGUUAAACAGCCUUUUUGAUGACCCUGUUCUGAAUGACAAGAUGAUGACCGAAGCUGUGCAGCCCCCAUGUAUCAAGUCUGAACACUCAUACUCCAUAACCAACAGCGACCACAAUCCAGCUUCUCCAUUGCCACUAGGAAAACUUGAAGACAUGGACUCAGAUAUGUUCAGCAGCUCCAGCAAUCUAGAUGUCAUCCAGAAGUCCCAGCUAAUUCAGGCUGCAGCCACAGCUUCCCAAUCAUACAAAUCAGAACAGCUCAAAACAGACCCUCUUCUUGCCACGACCACUGCAUGUGUGACAUCCACCACCUCAGCCCGCCCUACGACAAUCCUUUUGACCACCACCACUUCCUCCACAACAUCGCACGCCUUCAGUCACUGUUCACAACCUGUUUUCCCCAGCACUCUGCAGAUCAAGCAAGAACCAGUGGACAGUUUUGACAUGUUGCAAGACCAUACAGUGAGUAUGGACUCCGUCAUGCUACCCCCUACACCUCCAAGCAGUGCUGGCAGUGACAGCGACGGCAGCCAGUCCCCACAGCGAUCAGCCCCCAACAGUCCCCAGCGACAGUCGCCGGUGCGUCUCUACCACAUCCACCAGCCACACCACGCCAACAGCCCUCCCCUGGGUGCUGAGUCCAGCCUCUGCAGGGACCUCGGUCUGUCGCAGCCCCUCUUUCUCAGUCCUAUGCCCCAGUCUGGAGUGCUUAUCCUUACAGAAGAAGAAAAGCGAACGUUAAUCUCCGAGGGUUAUCCUAUUCCCACAAAGCUACCUCUUACAAAACAGGAAGAAAAAAAUUUGAAGAAAGUUCGCCGUAAAAUUAAAAACAAGAUUUCAGCACAAGAGAGUCGAAGAAAAAAGAAAGAAUACCUGGAGGCAUUAGAGAAAAGAGUUGAAGCCUACAACCAUGAAAACUCUGAUCUGAAAAAGAAGGUGGAGUCACUGGAGAACAACAACCGGUCAUUGCUAGGGCAACUGCAGAAGCUACAGGCACUGGUGGGCCGCAUGCCCAAACCCUCUGCGGCCUCCGCUACUCAGACUGGGACUGUCCUUAUGGUCCUUGUUUUGUGCUUCGCGGUGUUUCUUGGUGGUUUUGGACCUACAUCCCUGAACAUCGGCUACACUGGGGCAGGGCCCUCUACUCUGGUCUUCCAACAACCCAGCCCGCUGCGGCCUCAGCCAAACAUGGGCCCUGGGGUGGUCAGGGCUCAGGAUACAUCUGAUGCCUAUGCCACGCCUAACUUAAAAUCACGAGUGCUGAUGUCUUUAGCGCGGGAUGAAGUAGAUGACUGGUGCAAUGACUACCGGCCCCUGUUUCCAUGGCAGCAAGACCAGUCGUGUCCAAUGGAUGCUGGGCCGGAGGACGCUGAAGCAAGCACUGGGCUAGCUGAGCCAGGCCCAGAAAACAUGAUGCCCACCGUCCCUGGGUCAUUCAUUGACAGCAAACCCAUGGAUAUUGCUGUGGUGACUGUAGCUGUGGGUGCUGCGCAGGUCAACUCCACAGAAUCAGCAGAAGAGUAUCAGGCCCUAAUGCACCCUGACAUUGCAGUCUCACCAAUGCUCAGCCAUCUGGCUAACUUCACGGCUGAACUGGAGACUGCCUGAUGGGGUUGAGAAGGGGGUCUGGGGAGAGGCUUUAUUGAUGCCCUGCGUAAUGGCCUACCAGGCAGGGGCAAGACUGACAGAGUGCUUAUAUGAAUGAUUUACUUAGCAGGCGUAAAGCUUUUAAGUCCUUCACAAGGAAAACUCCUAGACUUCAAGGUUUAUUGGUAAAAUAUUUCAAGGGGUUGCUUGAUGUCAGAAUAGACUUUGGCAUUAGAUGACAUAAGUUGCAUGGAAGUGCCUGCAGCUUUGAGUGUAUGGUCAGUUUAGAGGCCUCCAUACUUCAUUGGCCUGAGUUUGUCCCUGUGCCAUUUUCAUCGGUCAGUUCAAGUGACUAGGUUCUGAUUUAGGUUUCACAUCAUUAGCACAUACUAGGAUGUUAACUAUGGUUUCCUCCAUGGUAGCAAUGCAACAGAAUGGCAGUGCUAAAAGAAUACUUAUUUAUAUAACUUAAUGGUUCAAGGAUCCAGAAUGCAAAUUAUGCUUUCCUGUUCCUGGCUCCAGUUCUGAAACUGUGUAGUGUUUCCUUUCUGGUUGAUAAAGUUAUGCGUUGCCGUGUGCAGCGUGAUUCUAAUGUUGAUAGGAGAAUACCUAGGCAUCCUGUAGCAGUCGAGAUAUUUAUAAAUGCUAGAUGGGACUGGUGUGGUAAAGGCAUAAAAGAUGGGAUUGUCAUAUGACCUUUGCAGAUGCAUGUGGUACUAGAGCAUUAUACUUUUUAGCUUUCCCCACCAAGAGAAGGGUGGAAAAAUCUGAAUGGGCAGCACACAGUAUUUUCACAUAUUGUCAUAAGGACCAAUCAGAAGAUGUCGGUCAUUGUGUGGGGUUUUUUUUUUCAUUUUGAUUGAAUGUUGGAGGGGAAGCCAUUUAACAUUGCCUGUACCAACACAUGACUUAAGAAAAAGCAUUUCAGCUGCAGUUCUAAUGAUUCAUCAUUAUUCAUUGUACACACUGCUUCAUAGUUAACUGCAUGCUCACUCACACACUGGUUCAUUUAUAAAGAACAAAUGUAUUGCCCUUUUCGUUCGAAUUAUUUUUAACGUUUAUAUGCAUUUUUUAGCGGCAUAUUUGUACGUCUGGCCAGAACGACGUUUGGCCAGCAGCACAAACAAUAGUAGCUUAUGUCUGUGUGAAAUAUAUGAAGAGUUUUUUUGUUUUUUAAUCUGCCAUUCGAUUUGUGUUCAUUUUAAGAAAAGUUGGCGGAAACAUGAGGAAACUGUAAGGACUUUAUGAUUUGUACAGUUUAUCAUGGUGCGCAGCACCAUUGGUUCUAUUUCUGUGAUGAUGAAAUGAAGCUGGAUGCCUUUGCAAUCAGCACUUUGAUCAGGAGGGGCUGGAAUCAGCUUCUCCUUGUCCCUCCUGUAAGUGGGGUAUAUAUAUUUUUAUGUCUGUCUUUGUUCACAUUCAUUUCUGUUUCACUUGCAUGGCCUAUAAAAAAAAAAAGAAAAAAAAAAGGCUGUAUAUAAACUUUUUUCCCAUUGCCAAUAUGCAGAAACCGUUUUCAACAAUUAAGAUUAGUGGAACGUCGUUGGACAAGUUCUUUUUUUGUGGUGAAUUUGUCAGCUGACAUUACCACGUGCACAAGUUCUGCACGAAAGCAUUUUUCAGACAGUUUGGCAUGAUGGCAGCCCCGUCCAUACCCUGACUGUCAUUUGUUGUUUUUGAUGAUUGGUGUUUCUGAUUUUUGUGGGUUGGGAUGGGGGUUGGGACAUGUACAGCAAUCAUUAAACUACCAGAUUAGAUUUUGGAGCAUGCAGGUGAAACUCUACAGAGAAAAACGAAAGUUGAAGCAGUCGGAGCUUUAUGUCGCCUGUGGCAUAGUAAGCUGAUUGCAGCGUGUAGUUACAUGGUCAGAGCCUGAGAUCUAGUCACUGGAUGUAAAUACACUUUUUUGGUUUACAAAUAAAAUGUAGGCCUGCAGUAUGACCGACUAUCAUAUUGUCCUUUGGUUGUGGGAAAUGAUGGGGCACGCAAAUAUCUAUUGUUUUACAUAACAUACAUGACUGAAUGAAUCUGUAUUUUCAGAAGAAAAUGUCUCCAGCUUCCAUUGCUGGAAGCUUGACUGUACAAAACAUCAAAUAAAGUUAUGUAACAGUU